AUGGAUGCGGCUCACGUACAUAGACGCCAGAAAAAAUUCUGGAUCAUCAUCGCCUGUGGGCUACUCGCGGUGUUCUCGGUGAUAUGCCUUAUUGUCGUUCUUGCUCUUGGUACGGGAGAAGAUGUAAAAGGUCCUACAUAUCCAUUGGAAGUGUUCGACGCCAAGGGUGGCAGGAAGAUUACAGAGGUUCCGCCACAAGAAUUCUACAAAACCGUUACCGCAAACAUAGGAUUCAUGACAACUGAUGCCUGUAUUGCGGAUGAACAGUACGCAAAAGCCCUAGAAGAAAUAAAGGAUAGUGUCGCAAUAAUGGUGGAUCGUGUACAGGUACCAAGUGAAGAAGACGAAGAGGCCGGACAAGACGAACAGAGCAAGCAAGUAGCACCCGGAAAAUUGGACACUGCUCAACAGGGGACAAGCGGUCAGGCUAAAGCUUCCGUACCAGUACAACCCGCGAAAGACAGUAAAGAAACUCCCCCCAAAGAAGCAGGGGGAAAAGUCGUGAACCCCCUUCCGUCCAUUCCAAUGGAACCCCAAACUGCCGCUAAAUCGCCUGUUGUAAACGUGGAUGAUAAAAAGAAAAACGGGGUUCUUGAGGGAAGUGACAUUGCCUCACCGACAGAGGAUGUAACCACCGGAGGAAAAACCUCAGAAUCUUCCAAAAAAACGGAAGGUCCUAAACAACUUGAUGGUAUUGUAGAGGAUAAAAAUAAAACUCAAAAACCUGUUGGAGAAGCAGAACCUGCGGCACAGGGAACCCUCGUGACCCCCGAAAGUAAAACAAGCCCCGAAUCGUUAACGGAACCGGAAUCUCCUACUGAACCAUCAAGCUUAGUAAAGGAGGACAAGAAACUUCAGGCACCUGGUGAACAAAUUAAGCCCGCCACAUCAACACAAGAAACCAAACAGGAAGUAUCACCGUCUGUGGGUGUGACACCAGAGACCCAGGCUGGUAAAGGUGAAGUCCCACCAGUCAUUGAGUCAGAUUUAGGCAAAUCAGAAGCUGUAGUUGUGCACGGUUCUCCGUCAGACGAGACACUGGAGGAGGCCUUUGAUAAACUUGACAAGGAAAAGGAACAGGCUUCUUUAAGGGGUGCCGUAGGUCCAGAAGGCUCAACCACAGGUUCAAGAAAUCAAGGUGACUUACCUGAAGUUGCUACGCAAAGUCUGGACGCUUCUGUGGAACUUGCUUUGACUGAAGCGGGUCAAAACGGAAAGCAAUGA